AUGUCAGCAGCAUUACUUCAAGAUCCAACUAUACAAAAAAUUUUGGGAGAAGUAAAUAAAGCAGCGACUGGUGGUAUUCUGGGACAAGCUGGUGCUUAUUCAGGACAAUCAUUUGAUACUAUUGGAUCAGAAUCAUUUUAUCAAUCCAAUGGACAUUCAUCAAACGUUUACGGUUCUACAUUUGAUAGUGGCAUUGAUCUCAGUACCGCAUCAAUACCAAUGACAAAUGGUAAUUUCAAUUCAUAUACAGACUUUGGAGAUAGUGAUCAGUUUCAAAGGCAACAUAAUGCUCCCUUCGAAUAUCAAUCCUAUGAUAAAUAUCAAAUAAACAAUCCGAAUAUAAGACGUACUCAGGGAACAUCAAGUGUUUCAUCAUCUCUUAAUAACGAUGUCUCAAUUGAACAAAUUCAUUUUAAUUCUAUACCAUUAUCCAUACCAAAUUUGGGACUUAAUAUGCGUGUGGGAAACAGUAGGAAAGAAGAAAUAAUUCCAGAUGAACAAUUGGUGGAUGAUACAGCAUUGUUAAAUAAUAACACUCAGAUCACCAAUGGAGAUGACACCAAUAUUGACAACAACACUAAUACAUCAUCCACUGAAAUUAAACGGCCAUUAUCAGUCGAUAAUUCUGAUCGUGGCCUUCUUCAAAGUCAAUCGAAUUCAAAUUUUAAUGGUUUUCCGAUAGAAGGAUUAGAUCAACAAACAUUAGCAUCAGCAGGAAAAAUAUAUUAUGAUCCAAAUCCUCAAAUUAUCAAACGACAAGGAACAGGCUCUGUUACAUAUAAACAAAAUAUUCUUAUACGAUUUUUACAACCACCACCGAUUCCAGCACCUGGACCACUAAUAAUUAAAGAGGUGAGAAAUCCUCAACCUCCACCGUUGCCGCCACUGGUUAUUAAACAACGUCCAACGCCUCCAAAAACACCACCACCACUUAUUUUACGUGAGCGUCCACCACCACUUCCUCAAUCAAUUCAAUCUAAAGUUAUUACACGGCAACUGCCAGCCGAACCACCUCCUCCUCGAGCGGUGAUCAUUGAACGACUUCCUCCUUUACCACCAAAACCUCGCGAUAUAAUUAUUGAACGCUGGUUACCGUAUCAAUUAAGUCAAAAACGGAAAGUAUUAGUUGAACGAGCUCCUGCCAUCAAAGAAUAUCCAAAACCUAAGAAUGUCAUUAUUACUUAUGAACCAGUCCAAGCUCGAAUUGUUAGGCAAUUUCAAAAGUUAGGUAUUACUCGAGAAGAUCCAAAUGCUUACAUCAGUCGUUAUGGAGCUCAGCUUCGAGACGCAAUCACGUUGGAAACAGAAGCAAGAAAAGCUGGCGUUAUUGAAGAUAUUAGUCCACCAUCAGUUGUCGGAAAUGCUCAACUAAAAAGUACCUAUGGAUUUGAUGCGGAUCCAUUGUUAACCACUAACAAUGGAGAUUGGCAAUUUGGUCAAUUAGGAGAAGAUAAUGCAUUUAAUUAUGGUACAGCAGCACUCACAAAUGGAGAUGAACAAAUCGUUGGCAAGAGUCGCUCAUCAUCCAGUGUGAAAAAUUUUUUAUUAUCAACACCAGAUAAAGAUCUUGUACAAGAACAAGAACAACAAGUUAUUGAAAAUGGCCAAGAUCAAAAUGUUCAACCAUUUUAUAUUAGCGAUAAAAAUGAUGAUGCUGGUGGUAGUGGCGGUGAUAACAUUCAACAAACACUUCAAAAACUUGGCAUUGAUAUAUCGGGUCAGACGAAUUAA